GGCAUGGAGGCGGCGCACCACAUUUUUGUUUUGUUUCUGACCUGUCUUUUCUUGCCAGCAGCUGAAACUUUUUCACUCCCCGUCGUUCCUCCGGCACUAUGGUCCCUUUCCAACAAUGCUAUCUACCUGUGUACCUGGUCUAGCUGCCUUGGCAUUUUACAUCGAGAUCAACACGCCCGCAGCAGCACUAGACGCACAUAUGCCCAACCAGGCCAUAAAAAAACGGUGAUGGGUGCCCUCAUUAUCCAUCCAGAUCUACUGCCAAGACUGGAUAGGGUCCUAAGAGGUAAGCGGUCGAGCCCUGACUUGGGAGUGGACCCCAUCCAGGCCUGCGUACCAAAUACGGCUAAAUUUUUGCGCUGUGCCGCGCUCAAGGGCGUAAAAACACAAAUUGGAAUAGGUGGUGUCCAAGGCUCCAGGUGGGGGGCGGCGUCUUCCGUCCAGUCACUGGGCAUCCUGGUCGGCGAGCGGUGGAGAGAGCGGGACAUCCAUGACCAUCCAUCCCCAACGCAUGCUUUCCUUGACCUCUUUUGGCAGCCCCAUGCAGCCCCAUGCAGCCCCAGUGAGGCCCGGAAGCUUGGGUUCCCAUGUCGCCCCCCAAGCGUCAUCAAACGUGGAUGGGGGAUGGAAUGCCCGCCGUUCACCUCCUCGCCGACGAUUCGGGGACGUGCUGCGAGCGGAAUCCAAGAUAUUAUGUAGACGCCUCCUCCCCGAGCCGUCCAUGGCAGCCCGAUUCCUUCACCGGGCCAUCAUCUCCUACCCCCGUUACAUUUUCCUUCUCUUCUCCACCUCGGUAGCCCGAUCCACCACGGGAGUUCCAUUCUGCUAGAACGGUACCCUCUUUAUGGGAAAGCAUCAAAGCAUCGGAGCUGCUCGUCCUUCCAUAUCAUCACCAUCUGCGGGGACGCUUGCCUGCCGCCAUCCACAGUGCCCCUCACCGCACAUGUGCUUUCUCCCAUCAAUCAAUGUUAUCUUCCCCACGGCAGGCAAUAGCCACUAGCUUCGUGUCCAACCUGACCUGCUUGCCGUAAAAAAAAAAAACUCUUAUACCCCGUCGCGGAGCGCCCACCCCGCGCCUGUUGGGUCCCUUGGAGUGAUGUCGACGUGCCAGAAUCCUAGCAAGCCACCACGCCGAGACGCCCAGGAGAAUAAUAGCGAUUAUACCAAGGUCAAAAUGUCAGACGCCUCGGCCGCCUCCAGGGCGGCGAGCUCUCUCGAGGCAGCGGGAACCAACAGCAGCAGCGGCGAUCCGAUCCAGGCUUGGGAUAGCCUCGACAGCGCCCCUGAGGAGCACCAUUACGAAAACGGGCGGAGAUACCACAUGUACAACAAGGGCCGAUAUCCUCUUCCAAACGACGAGGACGAGCAAUCGAGAGAGAUAAUGAAGCACUAUAUGAUGCUGGAAUUAGCAGGAGGAAAGCUUUUUUAUGCUCCCAUAGGAGACACGCCUGAGAGAAUUCUCGACAUUGGUACUGGCGUCGGAGCUUGGGCAAUAGAUGUCGCGGAUGAAUAUCCUGGUUCAGAAGUUCUUGGAACAGACCUGUCAGCAAUGCAGCCGGACCUUGUUCCGCCAAACGCGCGGUUCUUGGUAGAUGAUGUCGAGGAUCCAGAAUGGCUGAACGGCUCGGGUUGGGAUUUGAUACAUUUACGUUUUGUGGUGGGAAUGCUGAGAGAUGUCCCGGGCACAAUGGCGAGAUGCUUUGAAAACACAAAACCCGGCGGUUGGAUCGAGAUACAAGACACACACUUCAUCCCGAAAUGCGACGACGGCACCAUGAAAGACGACGACCACCUUUAUUCCUUCCUCGACCUCGUCCACCGUGCGUUCGCCAAGGGGGGCAUGGACCUGCACUGCCAGCGCAACAUGGGCCAACACCUGACUGAAGCGGGCUACACGGGCGUCAGGUGCGUGGCCAAGAAGACGCCCGUGGGGCCGUGGGCUCGCGGGGAGCACCUGCAGCGCAUCGGCGAGACCAUGAAGCACGUCAUCUACGACGUCCUGCCCAGCUUCGCCAAGCCGCUCGAGCUGCUCGACAUGUCGCGCGUCGAGGCCGAGCUGUGGUUCGUCAAGGUGCGCAAGACGCUCGAGGACAGGUCGAGGCACCGCUACGUCAACACGUACUUUUGGUACGCGCAGAAGCCCGGGGGCGGGUAGGGCGGCGGCGGCGUGCGGCAGUCAGGGAGAGGCGCGGUACGUACCGGCGCUUGCGUGUCAGAGCUGUUGGUGGUUACGAAGUCAUGAGAAACAACGAACAUGUAUGCGUAACGGUUGUGGCGGUGGCGUUUGCAUUAGGCAUAUUUUGGGCAUGUUCUAGCGUUGUCUGGGGAGUUGGGUGUCUUUGGUCCUGGCCAUAAUUCUCGAUUGAGAAGCUUCUAUAUUAUCAAGUGCAUUGCCGUGGGUAUGUGGCCCAGCAAAGAGAAAAGAUGGCGCGGGAGCCGAUUGAGUUGGGAGAAUA